AUUAGAUCCGCUGAAACCUUUAUUUAUAAAUGAUCUUGUCAAUACUUAAAAAUUCUAUUUAACCACGUAGCUGAAACAAUCUCUAACUUGUGUGAUAUGUAUUAAACUGAACAAGCAUGUCCUCCAGUUUAAAGAAGUUUGUGGCCUUUUUGGAUCCAGCUCCUUGAUAUUCUACUUUUUACAGAUUGGAAGGAUAGGAAAAAUGGGUAAACAUAAACACAAACACGAAAAGCAUAAACAACACAGAACUAGCUCUGAGUAUGACGAGGCCCCUGUGCUACCUGCUGUACCUAAACUAAUAGUAAAGCUGGGACCUGAUACCCCGGAGAGAAUAGAUUCUCCCUCUGCUCUUCCCAUCUUCUCACCAGACCCGGAGCAUCAUCAUAGACACAAGGAGAAGAAGAAGAAGAAAAAGAAGGAUAAGAAGAAGAGUCAUGAGAAGGAUAAGGACCGGGAUAGAGAGCAUAGACAUCAUAAGAAGAAGAAGAAGAGAGAGUAUGCAAGUGUUGAGGACGGAUAUCCUGCUUCACCAACAGUACAACCCCCACUCAAGAUACCUAAACUGGAGGAAGAGGAUGGAGGUCUAGUUUCAUCUAAACGAGAUCUACCUUCCAGAUCAUGUGUUUCCACCGUCAAGCAGAAGUCUGGAAUGUUGAACAAGGUUCUGGAACACCUGCUCUCCCUACUAGAGAAGAAGGACGUGAGCAACUUCUUCUCUCAGCCUGUCUCAGAUACAUUUGCACCCGGAUACUCACAGAUUAUAAAGGAACCUAUGGAUUUCUCCACAAUGGCGGAGAAGGUUGAAGACGGAAGUUACGAGAGUCUGGAACCGUUCCGACGGGAUUUCGAGUUGAUCUGCACCAACUGUAUGCUCUACAACGGUCCCGACACCAUCUACUACAAGUCCUCCAAGAAGCUGUUGCAGCAAGGACUCAGGGUUCUAGCUCCAGAUAGGAUUAAAGCUUUAGCUGAGCAUAUACCAAUCAUCAUGGAACUAAGUGUUGAGCAGUUGGGAUUCAAUAUUCAUGACGAGAUGACAGCUGAGAUGUCUGCUGAGGAUGAGAAAGAUGUGUCAAAGGUGAUUGAGGAGAUAAAAGGAAGUGUCCGUCAGCCUGGACCUGCUCGCUUUUUAUUUGAAGAAAAAGUGGGCUAUUUGUUUCUUUGUUAUUUUUUUAAGGUAAAUGAGGCCUCCGCGGCGGCAGCAGCUCGUCUUGCGCGGCGGAAACCAGGCUCACAUAUGGGCUACCUACGUCAGAAGCAGGACGGUACUACCAGCCUAUCCAUCGUCACACCAACCGAUGGAGCGGCAGAGCGCGCCGUUACUCUUGGUCAACUCAUCGGCCGGGUCAAAUACGGCGCUUCGGCGCUGCAAGGAUUCAGUGAGGACCGGCGAAACAUGGCCAAAGCGUUUCAUCCUAUCUAUUACGGCUCAUUCAGCUCCUACGGUCCGGCGUAUGAUUCAACAUUCGCCAAUUUGACGAAACAAGAAACAGAACUUGUCUACAGUACAUACGGCGACGAUGUUGGCGUCGCCUACGCAGAGAGUAUUAAAAACUUUUCUAAAAACUGUGAAUACGCAACCUUCAUAGUUGAUCACUUGCUGGACAUUCUCAGUGGCAAUGAGCAUAAAAAGACGACUAAAUAUAUUGAGGAACAGAAGGCGCUGCGCGCUGAAGAGAGUGCAGUGAGGGCUGUGUUUGAAAGUGAUGUAAAUAAUGAAAGAGUAGAUUUUGAAGCGUUGAAGUCCCUGAGCAAUGAAGGAAUAGAUAUGAGCUUCUUAGAUUCUUUACAGUCUCAAUAUUCAAGUACACAGGAUAAUGGAAGUCGACAGUUGGAAAACAACGCUGCUUUAAUUCAAAACCUCAGAGAUGUUCAACAUGAACGACUUAGUGGCCCCCCUCCUCAACAUCUAGGACAGGUAUACAUCCCCCCAUCCCACAACCUCCCUCCUCAGCAUCUAGGCCUGGUACACAUUCCCCUCAGCAUCUAGGCCAGGUACACAUUC